AAGGCCAAUCCUGCUUAUCACAAGUGCGGGUGUCAUUUAUACUGAAAGGAGGGAGCUAAUCAUAAUCUAGUAUUAUUCCGAUGAGGACGUCAGUGCUGUGGUCAGAGGCGCUCUUGAAUGCCACCUCCACAUCGAAAUCGUCUGAGGACCGUCCCGUAGAACCACACGCGCCUGAACAGCCACUUCCUCUCCGGUACAUGCACGAUACGUAUACCGAAAUCCUUCUUCCUUUUGCGUCCUCUCCGGAGUUGCUUGAGCAAUAUACUAACGCAUGGGGUGGACUUCGGACUGGUAUGCUUAUGGAGCACCUUGACUCACUUGCUGGAUCGAUAUCUUACAAGCAUAUGUUGGGACCGGGCGUGGAAACGCUUGGUCGCAUACGUGAAAAGGGUUUUUACAUUGUCACCGCUUCUGUUGAUAGGCUGGAUGUUCUCGCUCCUCUCUUGCCUGUCAGGGAUAUUCGCCUGAGCGGCAUGGUUAUAUAUACCGGGACAAGUUCCAUGGAAGUAGCUGUAAAGAUGGAAACUCUCGGUGCAAGCGGCGUGGAAGAUACUCUGCUACUUGGUCGAUUCGCUAUGGUAUGCAGGGACGCCCGAACUCGCAAGGCUCGGCCUGUAAACCCACUUAAACUCGGUUCGCCUGAAGAGACUGCCUUGUAUUCGAUGGGCGAAAAUGCCAAGAAGCGCAGGCAAACCUUGGCCCUUCGCUCUCUUUCUAGGGUACCUCCUAGUUCUGCUGAAGCUGCUGAACUGCACUCAAUGUACUUAAAAUACGGACAAGAAAAUGAUCGUCACGUAUCCGACUAUGAACGCGUUUCGAUGGGAGACACGCAUCUGGAGAAGACCAUGCUCAUGUUCCCUCAAGAGCGCAAUGUUCACCAGAAAGUCUUCGGAGGCUAUCUUAUGCGACUUGCUUAUGAGCUUGGUUUUGCGAAUGCAUCACUCUUCACGCGUUCGCAUGUAACAUUCAUGUCACUGGACAGUAUCUCUUUCGCAAAACCUGUUCCCAUAGGAUCUAUAUUACGGCUGACCUCGCAAGUUCUUCACACUUCCCCUGGGAAGCGUCCUGGUGUAGUGCACGUUGGAGUCCAAGCUAACGUUGUGGACGUGCGGACCGGCCACGAGCAGACCACUAAUGAUUUCCGCUUCACCUGGUAUCCAGAUGAUGGUGCAGCGGUCCUUAGAACGGUCGUUCCGAAGACCUACCAAGAGGCAAUGCUUUGGUUGGAAGGGAAACGAGCACUUGAGAUGGGCGAUCAAAUCAGGGGGGAAAGAAACAAGAAAUGAAGUGCCUGGCUCUACUAAUUGACAUUCAUGACUGGUUUGACGUCAGGCUUGCAGGACAAAUGAUGUACAAGGAUUAA